AUGUUCUCAGCCAACAGCGAUACGCAUGCCAGCAUGUCUGCUACUACUCUGGCAUCGAACUACAGUGCGCAGAGUGGGAGCACUCCAACUUUGACGCCUGUGAGUAUGACAAACAAGGGUAAGGGCCAGAUAGCCAGCUUAAUGAACAGCAAUGUCAACGAGUGGGACUCGUUGUACUACAUGUGUCUGGCGAUGAAGAAGCGGCUCGAAUGCUUGUCCCAAUUGCAGCCAUACUUGAACCUGGCAUACUCUUCCAGUGAACUACUUAGCGAGAGGCAAUCUUUGCUUCUAUCGCAGAAACAGCAGUUGCAGAACAUUGCGAACUCACAUUCUGGUGCUAAUAAUAGAAACUCCAAUUUCAGCUCACACCAUUACUCCAGGGAUAGUCACGACAGCGCAACGCUGGGGUCCUUACAGCAUAACGAGAACUCAAGGUCCAGCGCUCUUUCCACUUCGAGCAUGAAGAUGGACAUGGCAAUGAUGGACGGCAUCACUUACACGAAUAGCAACAGAGUGGUCAGCUCCUCGAGGGAUAGUGCUGCUAACUCUAUGGAAGAUACUUUACUUACCUUCAGCAUGGGUAUUUUACCAAUUUCUAUGGACUGUGAUCCAAUCACCCAACUUUCGCAAUUGUUCCAGCAAGGGUCGCCACUUUGCGUGCUCUUCAACGCAGUCAAACCCCAACAUAAACUCGCAGUUAUCUCCUCAGAUGAUAUGAAAAUAUGUAAGAAAUCUAUCUAUGACUUCAUUCUAGGUUGCAAGCAACAUUUUGCCUUUAACGAUGAAGAACUAUUCACCAUCUCAGAUGUCUUCUCAAACUCUACUAAUAACUUAUUGAGAGUCCUGGACGUUGUACAGACACUGAUGGAUUCUGCACCUGAAAUAUUUCCAUCAGUAGAAGAAAUUCACAGGAGGAUAAUGCAAGAGCUCAACGAACAAAGCCAAAACGUUCAGCUACAGAUUCAACAGAACAAAAGAUAUGCAGAACAUUACAAAAUUAUCAAAGAGUUUGUCGCAACAGAAAGGAAGUAUGUCCACGAUCUGGAAGUUUUAGAAAGAUACAGAGAACAACUUUUGGAAAGUAACUUGAUAACCUCCGAAGAACUAUAUAUGCUAUUCCCCAACUUGGGAGAGGCCAUUGAUUUCCAAAGAAGGUUCUUAGCUUCACUAGAAAUCAAUGCCUUGGUAGAACCAUCCAAACAAAGAAUAGGCGCUCUGUUCAUGCACUCAAAAUACUUUUUCAAGCUAUAUGAGCCAUGGUCCAUCGGACAGAAUGCCGCUAUAGAAUUCUUAUCUUCAACUUUACAAAAAGUUUCUGAGGAAGACUUUGUCAUUAAAAACAAAAUGGAACUUCAAUCAUUCCUUUACAAACCUGUCCAAAGGCUUUGUAGGUAUCCGCUAUUACUAAGGGAAUUAGCUCAGCAAUCUGUUAAUGACAAAAGUGCAAAAGAAUUAGAUGCAGCAUUAGAAAUAUCCAGGAGUAUAGCGAGAAGUAUAAAUGAAAACCAGCGGAGAACCGAAAAUCAUCAAGUGGUGAAAAAACUUUACGGUAGAGUUUUGAAUUGGAAAGGUUACAGAAUAUCUAAGUUUGGUGAACUUUUAUACUUUGACAAAGUGUUUAUUUCCACUAGCAACUCAAGUGAACCUGAAAAAGAAUUUGAAGUAUAUCUUUUCGAGAAGAUCAUUAUCCUGUUCUCAGAAGUAAGUACGCCUGCUAAGAAAUCUACAUCGGCCUCAUACAUCUUGAAGAAGAGCAAAUCUGGCAGCUCUAGCUCGGCUCUAUCACUCAAUAUAAUUGGUAACAAUUCCAACAAUUCAUCUAGUUCUAGUUCUGCUCCAAAUACAGAGUCAAAAUUAGAUUUACGUGGCCGUAUCAUGAUUAUGAACUUGAACCAAAUUAAUCCUGUAAAUUCUCGAUCCUUAAACAUCACAUGGGAAUCAGUUAAAGAGCAAGGUAACUUUCUUCUAAAAUUCAAGAACGAAGAAACAAGAGACCACUGGUGUGCUUGCUUACAAUCUCUUGUAAGAGAUAUAAAAAGUGAAUCUUUCAGAAGCACGAAUAGUGCUAGCAGUGACCAUUCGUCUUUUGCAUCUGUGACAUCACCAUUGGCCACUCGUAAUCCUCAUGACAGCAUCACAUCAAUGAACAGCACACAUAACAAAUACGUCUCUGAUAUAUUGAGAACUAACAGUAAAAGAAGAACAUCCCAAUUAGAAAGUGAUAUGAAAACCAUAAAUGAAACUUACAAGAGCUCUAUCCCUGAUAAUUCCAUUUUAAUUAGAAUCGCAUUUAAUAGUGAUUAUUACACUGUCCUUGUAGAUAAAGAAAGCUCGAUCGAGAAUGUGAUUGAUAUAAUAAAGAAAAAGUUAAAUAGUGGUGGGGAAAAAGCCAUGAGAGUUAAAUAUCAAGAUGAAGAUGGAGAUUAUGUUGUGCUCGAGAGCGGUGAUGAUUGGCUAGUGGCCAAGGACAUGCUGAAGGAAAAUAAUGAGAGAAUAUUAAACGUAUGGGCCAUCACCAAUUAA